AUUUCCCUCCAAGAAACCGAUCUCUUCUCUGCUCUCUCAUUUUUUUUUUCUCUGUUUUCCCAAAACAACAAAAAGUGGGAGAGAAUGAUGCUGAACACCAACCCAAUGCCCAAAGCAAAGCACAGAAUAAAGUAGAACAACCAAAAUCAUCUCCCUCAAACUCAUUCCCCUUUCAUAAAUUCCACAUUCCCAAACACUUUCAAUUCCAAAUCCCCCCAAGAAUAAGAAGAACAAGAACAAGAAUCCUUCCCCCUUCCGCCAUGGGUCUCUGCUUCACCAGAACCCGCGACAUCCCAAUCGCCUCCUUCACCUAUGGCUCCGACACCCCUCCCCCUUACCACCAAAUCCCCCAAUCUCACGCCCCACCAAAGCCGCCUGCGCCGCAGCCCAUUCCCUCUUACAAGUCCGUUCCGCCGUCCCAGAUUGGUCCCAUCACCGGCCGCCCAUACAUCAACAUAACCACAAUGUACGAGCUCCACAAGGAGCUAGGUCGAGGCCAGUUCGGGAUUACUUAUCUCUGCACCGAGAGGGCUAGCGGGCGGAAAUACGCGUGCAAAACGAUUUCGAGGAGGAAACUGGUGAAUCAGAAGGAUGUGGAGGAUGUGAGGAGGGAGAUUUUGAUUCUGCAGCAUCUCACUGGGCAGCCCAAUAUUGUGGAGUUCAAGGGCGCCUACGAGGACAAGAGGAAUCUGCAUCUGAUUAUGGAGCUCUGCUCUGGCGGAGAGCUUUUCGAUCGGAUUAUCAAGAAGAAGAGCUACUCGGAGCGGGAAGCCGCGUCGAUUUGUAAGCAGAUUAUGAAUGUGGUUCAUGCCUGCCAUUUUAUGGGGGUUAUGCACAGAGAUUUGAAGCCCGAGAACUUCCUUAUGGUCAGCCAAGACGACGAUUCGCCGAUUAAGGCUACGGAUUUUGGACUCUCCGUUUUCAUCGAAGAAGGGAAAGUAUACAAAGACAUAGUUGGAAGCGCAUAUUAUAUUGCUCCUGAGGUUUUGCUGAGGAGCUAUGGGAAGGAGAUUGAUAUCUGGAGUGCUGGAGUAAUUCUCUACAUCAUCUUGUGUGGAGAACCUCCAUUUUGGGGGCAGACGGAGGAAGAUAUAAUUAAAGCAGUUCUGAAGGGCAACCUUAAAAUGGAAGAUGCUCCAUGGCCUUCCAUAUCCGCUUCUGCUAAGGAUCUUGUCUCUAAAAUGUUGACAAGAGACCCGAAGAAGCGGAUCACCGCUGCCGAAGCACUCGAACAUCCUUGGUUGAAGAUUGAUGGAGAGGCGUCUUCCAAGCCCAUUGAUAGCGCCGUGCUCAUUAGGAUGAAGCAGUUCAGAGCAAUGAACAAGUUUAAGCAACUUGCUCUCAAGGUAAUGGCAGAAAACCUUUCAGAAGAAGAAUUAAAGGGUCUGAAACAAAUGUUUAAGAACAUAGACACUGAUAGAAGUGGUGCCAUCACAUUUGAAGAGCUGAAAACGGGUUUGUCCAGACUCGGUUCGAGGCUUUCGGAACACGAAAUAAAACAACUAAUGGAUGCGGCUGAUGUUGACAGGAACGGGACGAUCGAUUAUGGCGAGUUUAUUACUGCGACGAUGCAUCGACAUAGGCUAGAGAAAGAAGAAAACUUAUACAAGGCCUUCCAGUUCUUUGACAUAGAUGGAAGCGGAUUCAUCACAAGAGAUGAGCUCAAACAAGCCAUGACCCGGUACGAAAUGGGAGAUGAAGAUACCAUUAACGAAAUUAUCAACGAUGUCGAUAUUGAUGGAGAUGGAAAAAUAAAUUACGACGAGUUUGUAAAUAUGAUGACGAAAGGGACUGUGGAAGCAAAAUUGAACUGAUUACAGUUUACGGUUUGUAAAAAAGGAAAAGGAAAAGUAAGUUUGUUGUGUAACUGUAUAGAUAUGAAAUUGGUGGAUGCAAAUGAGGAAUUGUUACAGAGUAAAGUAAAUAAUGUCUAUUAAACUGAAAA